GGUAUGCGGUAGGUGGGGGGGUCGGAGGGACGGUGCACACUUGGACAGGACUUGCUACACGCUUUGAGACCGGUAUCAUGUCGCUAAGGCUAGCGGGCUACCUGGCGUUCUUGUGGGCGAACGCUGCCCUGGGGUGGACGUUUCUCCGCGAGUCAGCUGCAGGCGGCACGCCGCUCUCGGCCUUCUUCCGGGCGUGGUGGCUGCUGCUGCUGUCGGCGCUGACGACCCUUUCGUUGGUGACGCUCACAACCAAGGACCCGGGUAACGUCAGGAAAUCCACAGCACAAGCUGGGUCGUCACCGUCGGGCAUGGGCGGCGGCACCGGGGGAGGGGGGAGUGGGGGGGACGACCAGCUGUGCCCCGCCUCGGGGUCUCUGGAGGGUGCCGGGGGCGGCUUGGCACAGCAGCAACAAUACUUCACGCAGGUCUGCUCUCUGUGCAACUACCUCAAGCCGGCAAGAGCUCACCACUGCCGAAUAUGCAACCGGUGUGUCGUCAAGAUGGACCACCACUGCCACUGGGUGGGGCGAUGUGUCGGUGCAGGGAACUACAAGGCUUACCUGCUGACGUUGCUCUACGCCUGCUCAAGCUCGGGCGCCAUGCUUGUGAUCCUCUUGAGGCGGUGGAGGAUGGGCCGCGCACCCGAAAGCGGCUCUGCAGCAGCAACAUCGAGGGGGGGUGUGGUGGGGUGGGUGGAGAUGGCGGGGGUCGCUGUGGACGGGUUAGUGCUGGGGUUCGUCUUCUGCUCGGUAUCGUACCUGCUCAUCUGGCACGGCUACCUCGUGGCCGGGAAUGUCACCACCAUCGAGUACUUCAAGUGGAAACGUAGCAUGCGAGAUCCGGGGCAGUACGCGUUGUCACCGGGUGCGUCGAUCCGGCUAUCGGAGUACGACUCGGGGCUGUUGUCGAACCUGAAGGAGGCGUUUGGUCAGCGGGUGUGGCUGUGGCUGUGGCCGGGGCUCGGGGAUGGGUGUUGCAACAGAUCCAAAUGCGCCUCCGUGAGGGGCGAGGAGGAGGGAAGGGUGCCUAGCAAGGGUGGGCGGUGGAUAGGUGCCGCGAGAGCGAAGAAGCUCAUGUCGCUGUUCGCGAAACGACGAAGGUCCGUCGGAAGCGGCGACGGCGACGGCGACGGCGGGGCCGAUUGCGACCUGUCCCCCGUGUGCACCGAGGAGGAGGACGACAAGCUUAACGGCAGCGCCGGUGAAGAUGGUUUGGCGUGCGGUCGCCGAAACAACGGCGGCGGCAGCAGUAGCGGCAGGAGAAGGAGAAGGGAGGGGCACGAAGCGGAAGGGUUUGGGCUGGGAUUGGAGAUGUCCGACGUUCAGUCGAUGAUCGACCACCGGGGCGGCCUUGAGCCAGCGUAG